AUGGUGGUCGUGAACCCUAAUAACUGGCAUUGGGUGAAUAAGAACACCCUAAAAUGGAGUGAAGAAUAUUUCAAUGAGACGUUACGGGACUUCGGCGGCAACCUAGACGACACUAAACGUGUUGUGAUCACCAACAUUGCGAGCGUUAAGGGAGACUCGAAUGUAUCACAAAGAAAGGGUAAGCCGAUCUGCUAUUUCGAUCUAAACCUUGGCCUGGAUGUUGCUAUUGUUGACAGCAGCGGAAAGAAUGACGUGGAACAAGACAACGACGCACCUGAGAUCAGGGGAGUGAUAUCCAUCCCUGAAUUCAUGCACGAUGAAGACGAUUUUGAGAUCAUCGUCAAGGAUCUCGACAGAGACCAUGCUCUUUUAGUCAACAAAGAGUUCGUCCCACAAUUAAGAAAGCUACUCCUAGCAUAUCAAACUGCACUACUAGAAGAACACUCCAAAGGUCUUCAACAGUAG